AUGUUUGGAAAUCAGCCGCACUAUCCGACCGCAUUCAAGGCGAUCGUGGUUUGUUAUGCACUCGUUGUGCUGGUGGCGAUGGGACUGCGGGCUUAUCUGACCUUCGAGAACAAGAGACGAGACAGAUCUCAAAACAACGAGAGUGCUGUCGCAACUGCUUCCGAGGGCACGGAUGAUGAGCUUACUGACUGGAAUUCGCCGGAAUUCAAAUAUCGAAUCAACUGUACAAUCUGCGACUCGGAAGACGCUCGCGUCUCCAAAUCUCGAGCCGAAGAUCACAGACGAUUAAGCCUGCCAUCAGUAUGGUCCAACUCCUUCGCUCGUCAGAAGUGUCGGACCAUUACCACAAUUCCCAACAGCAAGCUGGGUCUGGUGAAACUUCUCGAGAAAGCGGAUGAGGAGAUGAGCAUCGAUUUCAUGGACCUACCGCCCGAACUACGCUGUAGGAUCUAUGAAUUCCACAUCGCAAGUCUCGAGAUGCCUCGAAGGCCAGCGCAGCCGCCGAUCACGAAAGUCAGCAGGAUCAAAGGCGUUUUGGAAAAGUUCCCUGGGAUCCAUGACCAGCUGCGAGAUUAUUGCGAAGGCUGUAUUGUUCUCGAGCCAGACGCAGCGAUGGAGCUCAACGGCUCAACCGCGCCAGCAGCAUCAUUACACCUGCUCGAGCCAAACCUGAGCACCCCAUUCCUCACCCCAGAUCUCUACACCGACGCUUCUCAGCGAGCAGCACAACCAGGAGAAUCCAGUAGCGAAGUCCACUUCACAGAAAUUCCAUUUGCCAAGAGUUGA